GUGACGCCAAAUCGCUGUAUUUUCCUCCACUUUUGGUUGUCAAGAAGAUGGCAGCUUCCAGGCAGGCAUGAGAGUGAAUACUUAAUCACACAUCGAAUGAACUUGGACUAUUGAUUAAAGAAUAGACCCUGAAAUCAUCUCAUUGGAAAUAGUGCGUCGACCGAAAGGACAUGACAUUUCCUGGUUCAAUGGUGUCUGGGACCACAGGCUCAACUCUGCAGCCACGAUGGAAGCGGGUUCUAGGAUGGUCUGGGCCUGUGCCUCGGCCAAGACAUGGUCACAGAGCCGUUGCUAUAAAGGAAUUGAUGGUGGUUUUUGGAGGAGGAAAUGAAGGAAUUGUGGAUGAAUUGCAUGUCUACAACACAGCAACAAACCAAUGGUUUAUCCCUGCGGUUCGUGGUGAUAUUCCCCCUGGAUGUGCUGCAUACGGUUUUGUUUGUGAUGGCACCCGGCUUCUGGUUUUUGGUGGAAUGGUGGAAUAUGGAAAAUACAGCAACGAUCUCUAUGAGCUACAGGCCAGCAGAUGGGAAUGGAAAAAGUUGAAAGCUAAGUCUCCCAAAAAUGGCCCACCUCCCUGUGCUCGACUUGGUCACAGUUUCUCUCUGGUGGGCAACAAGUGCUUCCUGUUUGGAGGGCUGGCUAAUGACAGCGAGGACCCCAAAAACAACAUCCCUAGAUACCUGAAUGAUCUGUACACCCUGGAGCUUCGUGCUGGCUCCAGUGUUGUAGGCUGGGAUAUACCAAUUACUUAUGGCGUUUUGCCGCCACCUCGCGAGAGCCACACUGCUGUAGUGUACACAGAAAAGGAGAGCAAGAAAUCUCACCUUAUCAUCUAUGGAGGGAUGAGUGGCUGUCGUCUGGGAGAUCUAUGGACUCUUGACAUUGACACCCUGACCUGGACCAAGCCAUCGGUGAAUGGCACAUCGCCUCUGCCCAGGAGUCUCCACUCUGCCAUCACCAUCACAAACAAGAUGUUUGUUUUUGGGGGAUGGGUCCCCCUGGUUAUGGAUGACGUGAAGGUGGCAACACAUGAGAAAGAAUGGAAGUGCACAAACACUCUGGCCUGCCUAAAUCUUGACUCCAUGGCCUGGGAACCAGUGUUGAUGGAUACCUUGGAGGACAAUAUCCCCAGGGCCCGGGCAGGACAUUGUUCUGUGUCCAUCAACUCUAGGUUGUAUGUCUGGAGUGGCCGUGACGGUUACCGUAAAGCAUGGAACAACCAAGUCUGCUGUAAAGAUCUCUGGUACCUUGAGACAGAGAGGCCACAUGCUCCCUCGAGAGUGCAGCUUGUCCGUGCCAACACCAACUCCCUGGAGGUGAGCUGGGGCGCUGUGUCCACUGCAGACACCUACCUGCUGCAGCUGCAGAAGUACGACAUCCCAGCUGCCGCUGCUACCACCUCCCCAGCCCUCACCGCCACCUCUUCUCUACCAGGGAACUUGCCCAAAAGCCCAGCGGCCCCCUCUGCUCAGAACCUACCACACACAGCCAUCUUGAAGGUUGCAGCCCCUCAGUCUGGCACAGGUACCUCCCUUGUCACUGUGCGAGCCAACCAGGCUGUGAAAUCCCCUGUCACUGUGACAUCACUUCCUCCAGGGGUUCGGAUGAUGGUUCCUGCCCAGACUGCCCAAGGAACGCCAAUCGGCAAUAGCCCUCAGAUGAGUGGCAUGGCAGCUUUGGCUGCAGCUGCAGCAGCAACACAAAAGAUCCCGCCCUCUUCAGGCACUGGGCUCAACCUUCCAGCAGGUGCCACCCUUGUCAAAACGAUGGCUGUCUCCCAUGGCUCCACCACAGUCAAAAUGUCAUCUCCUCUCAUGGUCAGUAACCCAGCCACUCGCAUGCUGAAGACUGCUGCAGCUCAGGUGGGGACAGCGACUGUAUCAUCACCCAACUCGCCCAACCGACCCAUCAUCACUGUGCACAAGUCAGGCACGGUCACCGUAGCCCAGCAACACCAGGUGGUUACCACCAUGGUGGGAGGAGUCACCAAGACAAUCACCCUGGUCAAGAGCCCCCUUACUAUGGGAGGCAGCGGCACUCUGAUCUCCAGCCUUGGCAAGAUGAUAUCUGUGGUACAAACCAAGCCAGUGCAGACAUCAGCUGUUACAGGCCAGGCUUCCACUAACCCUCUAUCACAGCUCAUACAGACUAAGGGUUCUCUCCCUGCUGGCACCAUACUGAAGCUGGUGACUUCAGCAGAUGGCAAGCCCACCACCAUCAUCACCACGUCCCAGGCAGGGGGCACAGGGAACAAACCCACCAUCCUGAACAUCAGCGGCAUGUCGCCCACCACAACCAAACAGGGCACCACCAUCAUCAAGACCAUCCCUAUGUCUGCUAUUAUGAACCAACCUGGAGCCACAGUGACCAGCAGCACAGGGAAGAUGCCCUAUACCAUUCUUACCACCAAGAUGAUGACCACUGGCACUCCAGGCAAAAUCAUCACUACCAUGCCUAAGCUUGGCACUGUAACUGGCCAACAGGGGCUGACACAGGUGGUUUUGAAGGGCGGUCCGGGCCAACCUGGCACCAUUCUGCGCACUGUACCCAUGGGUGGAGUCCGACUCGUCACCCCGGUUACGAUGACUUCUGUCAAGCCCAAUGUAACUACACUGGUCGUCAAGGGAACAACUGGUGUCACCACCCUGGGGACAGUCACAGGCACAGUCUCCUCCAGCCUGGCAGGGGGCAGUUUAGCCAGUGCCAAUGCCUCUCUGGCAACUCCCAUCACCACCCUGGGCACCAUUGCCACCCUGCCCAGCCAGGUCAUCAACCCUACGGCCAUCACUGUGUCAGCGGCCCAGGCCUGUCUGACCACAGUCACUACCCUGCCCACCUCCACCAUGUCGGUGAACCAGCCAACCCAGGUGACUCUCAUCACCACCCCCAGCGGGGUUGAGGCCCAGCCAGUGCAGGACCUGCCCGUGUCCUUCCUGGCCUCCCCCACCUCUGAGCAUCCCUCCACUGAGGCCGGGGAUGCCCCUGGUACUGUCACUAUGGUCUGCUCCAACCCACCCUGUGAGACCCACGAGACAGGAACCACCAACACAGCCACCACUGCGUCUGCUAACAUGUCAGUGUGCUCCAACCCUCCCUGUGAGACCCACGAGACUGGAACCACCAACACCGCAACAACCUCUUCCACCAACAUGGGAGGGGCCAUGAGGGUGUGUACAAGCCCUCCGUCAGAGACCCAUGAGACGGGCACCACUAACACCUCGACCACCGCCCACUCCAUCAUGGGAACUAACAAAAUGGAUACUGUCCAGAGUAGCUCAUUAUCUCUGUACUCCUCUACCCCUCAGGCAACCACCUCUGCUUACCCCGGAACCGCCACAGGCAACCAGGGACCAGAGAACCUGCGCACCGGAACCACCGUCACCCCCGCCACAGCAAGCUCUAACAUGGGCUCAGCCCAGACCGGCACUGUGCAGAGUCCCAAGCAGCCAGCCGUGGGCCUUACAGUUUGCUCUAACCCACCCUGCGAGACACAUGAAACGAGCACAACCAACACUGCCACUCAGUCCUCGUCCGGCAUGGGUAACGGGAAGACUAACACUGUGCAGAAAGUGUGCUCAAACCCACCCUGUGAAACCCACGAGACUGGCACCACCAACACGGCAACUACUGCCACAGCAGAUGGAGCAGACGGUGGCACCAGCAGUACAGAGACUCCCUCCACUACUGCAUCAGGAACAACCCCAGCCACCAUCCAGAGCAAAGCGAUCACUACUGUGACCCAGUCCACACCAGCCCCAGGGCCCUCAGUACCUUCCAUUUCUUCGAUCACUGAGGGUGCAGCAGUUUCCACAGAAGAGCCCAUGCAGACUGAUGCGGCCACAGAGGGGGGAGACACCGCUAUGGAGACUGGGCUGCCCCCAGAGCUGAUGUCAGAGGGACAGAUAGGAACAGGUCUGUCUGCAGAGGAGCUGGCUGUGACUGCAGCAGCGGAGGCAGCAGCACAGGCUGCAGCCACUGAGGAGGCCCAGGCGCGGGCCAUCCAGGCAGUUCUCCAGGCAGCACAGCAGGCCACCAUGAACGAGGGUGAUUCUGGCUCGGACAGACAGCAGACCACCACAAUCCCCAUCGUUCUGACCCAGCAAGAGCUGGCAGCCCUGGUCCAGCAGCAGCAGCAGCUCCAGGAAGCUCAGGCCCAGGCUCAGGCCCAGCAGCAAGGAAAUGCCCAAGCCCUGCCCACUGAGGGCCUGGCCCCCGCAGACAGCCUGAAUGACCCCACGUCUGAGAGCAAUGGACACAAUGAGAUGGCUGCAGCCGCUUCCAGCGAUGUGGCAUCACUGCUGCCGCGCACCUCCACGGAGACCCUGGCCACCUCAAGCACAUUUGCUGUUUCCAGUCCAGCCAACCUGCAACCUGCAGCUUCUCUAGCAGAGGUGGCCAAUGGCAUCGAGGGUGGGAAGCUAUACCCUCAACCAGCCCCUAUCAAGACACUUGUAAAAAAAGAGAACCAGUGGUUCGAUGUUGGAAUCGUUAAGGUGACAAACAUGGUGGUCACACACUUCUUCAUCCCAGGGGAUGAUUCUCAAGUAGAGGAUGACUCGGGCGCCAUUCCAGACUAUAACCAGAUGAAGAAAAUGGAGCUGCAGCCUGGCACAGCUUACAAGUUCCGUGUUGCAGGCAUCAAUGCUUGUGGUCGUGGUUCCUUCUCAGAGAUCUCUGCUUUCAAGACCUGUCUACCAGGCUUCCCCGGAGCACCUUGUGCCAUCAAAAUCAGCAAGAGCCCGGAUGGUGCCCACCUCACCUGGGAGCCUCCUUCGGUGACAUCAGGGAAGAUCAUUGAGUAUUCUGUGUACCUGGCCAUCCAAAGCACCCAGACAGCUGAGCCCAAGACCUCCACCCCAGGCCAGCUGGCCUUCAUGCGGGUGUACUGUGGGCCCAACCCUUCCUGCCUGGUGCAGUCCACCAGCCUUUCGAAUGCCCACAUAGACUACACCACCAAGCCCGCCAUCAUCUUUCGUAUUGCCGCGCGCAACGAGAAGGGCUAUGGCCCUGCCACACAAGUCCGAUGGCUGCAAGAGUCCAGCAAAGAUGGUGCCUCGGCAAAACCUGCCCCAAAAAGACCAGCAGUGUCCUCACCUGAUGUUAAGGCUGCUGGUCAAAAGAAAGCAAGAACGGACCAGUGAGAUGGAACCCCCCCCCCCCAUACUCGCUGUCCUUUUUGACCAGGAAGACUUCAUCCUCAUCCUGGCUUCACCCCAUCUGCGAGUUGACCCACAACCAGCCAGCAACAUAAGCAAAAUAGCAGCAGAAACCCUAGAUGAAGAUCAACAAGAGAGAGAGUUCUGUAGGCAAGACUGUUUUUUCUUCUUCUAGAGCAACACAAAUUAAAAAAGCACAUUGUAGCUUUUACUUCAUUAGUCUUUUUUGUUUAUUUUCUUUGAUUUCCCCCUAGCUACUUUUAUUAUACAUAUUUUUGGCUAGUUUCCGUAGUUGUAGAGAAACAUUUACAGCAUCGCAAGCUGUGAGCCGGCCUGAGCUUAAUCUUACUUUUUUUUUUAAUGUUUGGGGGUAGUAGAGAGAGAGACUACAUGAGAUGAUGUACAGUUUGAGCAUGUGCUGAACAGGAGGCAGUGUUGGUUUAGAUGGGAGGAAUAAUCAAAACGGAAAAACAAAGCACUUUUCCUCAAAAGGGACAUCCCCCCCCUCAAGCAGAAAUGUUCUUCAAUUAAGAAACCAAUACAUACAAACAUCAUACUGGACUCGUUUCCUGGUAAUUUCAUCACUGUGCUUUUUCCCCGAGAUAAGGACUGAUGGCUCUGAAGUGGAGAAAGGAUUUAAUGACAAAGGAAGAAAUUUGUAGAGGAACAGAGACUUUGCUACGACUGAGACUUGCAGCAUACACACAACAAAUAUUGCAAAAUCUUCCCCCAAAAUUUGCAAGCAAUGAUGCAGAUCUUUGCGUAGUUUAUUUUUCUAUUUUUUUUAAAGCUUUUCCCUGUGUCUAUCACCAUGCAUUUUAAAACGUCAACUACUUUUAUUUUUUUUAGUUUAUUAUUGUUCAUCCCCAUAGUUUAAGUGUUUGUGGGAAAGGGGUGGCAGUGCUGAGGUAGACACUAUAUUUUAAAAUAUUGGUUUUGAUCAGUUGUAUGUUCUUGUUGUGUUGGAGUGUAUGGAAAAAAUAAAGGCUUUUGUAUUUGUGCUGACUCGGACCGCAAAUGUAAUAGGACUGAAGGGAAUUUGAAACAGACCUGCGGAGAGGAGUACAUUUAGUUUACUACAUCUUCCAAUGCUUGUGUUGCUGUGUGUAUGCCAAACAUGGACAAUUUCAUGAAGAAAAAUCUUUUCAGUCCCACAUUCCUUCCUUCCCACCCCCAAUACACCACCUUUCCAAUCAGUAAUCUGUAUACGCUCUGCUUUUGGGGUCAUUAAUUUGAGUACCCUACAUUUAUUUUAGACCAAGAAAGAAUAUAUUUGGAGACUUGUUCCUUAUACUGUUGAGGAAGAUGUAUGUGAAACCAACAAAUAAAACAUGUAUUACAUUUUUUUAGGCUCUGUAUUUUACCAAUUAGAUGUGCAGGUUAUUUCUGAGAAGUUUACCUGUAUAUCUUUAAAUUGAGAUGUCUUGGUGGGAAGGAAGAUGAAUAGCCAGAGUUUAAACUCACUUGUAAAUCAGUUCUUCCAUAGCAAGAAUAAAAUAUAUUGGCCUUUUAUACAAUUACCUGUACCAAAAAGUUUUUACAUGUUGGUCAUCUCUCGAUUGCCUUUUGUGUCAUGACUUAUAUAUAUAUUAAAAAAACAUGGUGUGUGUGUGUAUAUAUGUCUCCCUGAUCAAUUGCUAUGACUUGCUUUGUUAAACCGAUUUGCUCAAAAUCACACCAAGGUGCAUUACCAGUACCAAAAUAUUUCUAUUCAGGAUCAAUCAACCCAUGGAGUUUUAUAGAGAGGGAAGUCUUGGAGUGGUAAUGAUAGUUUUCAGAAUGGAAAUAGACAGAUUGGGUAAUGAAGCCAAGGGUGAACUUGCUACCUCUCUUAAGAUUGUAGUACUUGCACCUUGAUUUCAAGUCUCCAGAUUUACUUCUAUAAUGAAAACCCUAUUUCAUAUACAUCCAUGAUUUUGAGCAAAACUAGACAUGCAUGCAACCAAAGAUAAAAAAAACGUGUUUGUUCCUUUCCAUGUGGUAUACAAAUGUGUCUGUUCUUUUCAUCCACAGUACAUUUACAGAGUCACUAAUUUUGCACCCUUGUUAUAGAUCGGUCAUCAACAGUGCUGAGUUCUCUGGACUUUUCCUCCCACACUGGGGCAGGUGCUGGUCUUAGCACUGAGGCUUGACGUUGAGAGUUUCUUCCGGCUGUUUGCAAGUUAUCUGGAAUUGUCCUGUAUUUUCCAAUGUGUGUUUUUUGUACUGUAGGGAGUAAUGUAUCGUUUAUCAAAUAAACUUGUUAAACAUUCCA